UUUCCUUGAUAAAGUUACUGAAGAUGACUAAUUUUCAAUCUGCAUCUAACCAAUAUGGCUGACUUUUUUUCCCUAUGAUUUUGCCUCUUAGUGCUUCUAGAUUCCACCUGCACCAGGUCAGAACUCCAAAGCACGAUUAAUAUACUAUUGGUUUAAGUGCUGCAUUCCAGCUGUCAUUUGUCUUACAAAAUGAGAUGCAUAGUCUUAGAUCAGGUAAUGGAAAGAGACAUUGUCGUUCCACAUUUAUAGAACCCUCAUACAUGCCAAAUUGGGUUUGUCAACUCCAAAGCACCUAGUUGCCAAAAAGAUACUCCUAGAUUGCCAGCUCAUUGUUCGAUUCUUUUAUGGAAUAUUGCUUCAUCCACACGGUUAGCACUCACCAUAAGGUCUUGGCAAGUUAGCUGUAACAUGUCCUGAUACUCCUUGUAGGUACCGUGCCAGGAUUUUCUUACAACUCCCAGAUCAGUGUAAUAGGUUAAUUCAUAUUCUAUGUUCCAGCCAGAUCAAGCUAGCUGCUGUUAAGCAUAUCUGAAGCCAUAUAUCCCCAGCAUGGUCAGCCUUGUAAUGCUUUAAUUUUCUAUAAGGAAUUGAAUGCUGGGUGCUUCUUGGGAUGGUUAGCUGGUAGGUUUUAGAAUAUCUAUUACUACAUGGGAAGUAGCUCCGUGUGGUCCCUACUCUUAAAAUAGAAUGGUGUCAGUUCAAACUUUAAAGUAUUGGUAGACUAUCAGCUUGAUGAUUAGGGAAAUUUAGAUACAUUAGCAGAUUAAGAGUCCCCUCUAGAACCAUAGCCCCACCUACCCUCCCAUAUGCACACAAGACACAGCCAAUUGAACUUUUUGGCAGUCUUCGCCUCCAAAAUGAUCCUAGUCUGUGCUUGAAAGUUAUUCCCUUUUCUUCUUCGAUUCAAAUCUGUGAAGAAACAAGUAAGUGACAACAUAGAUUCAACUAAUUCUGUAACAGCAACGCAGAAUCCAUAUCAAGUACUCUUUAUGCAACAAAAUUUGGUCUGAUUCAUCUCUCAGAUGAGUAAUUGGUUUUCCCUUCAAAAAGGAAGAUUAGUAAUUGGUUGUUCUAUUCCUGCAAUUCUGUUCCUUCUUGAAACUGCUGUAAGAGUUGGGGCUUGUUCUAUUUAGUUCUUGAAUACUGUUGCCUUAUCUUUAUUGUUCUAUCCAGGAAGAUUAUUUAUUGGUUGUCCUAUUCAGUUGGGGCUUGCUCCUGCAAUUCUGCUCCUUUAUCUUUUAUGUUUAAGAAUGGUUUAAAUCUGCACAUCAUGUUGCACAUGUGUUUCAAUCCUUUGUAGUUAGUUCCUGUUGUGAUUGCAAUCUUGAGUUUAAUCGCAGACUCUAGAAGUAUUAAUUGGCAAUUAUCAGUGUACAAUUCACAUCAUGAUUCUGAUGUUCAGCUAUAAUUUUUUUACUAAGAUGCAUAAACCUGCCUGAUAUUCACAAUUUAAGAACCUCACUGAUUCACUAAUUGGGGAUUUAUAGUACUCCCUCCGAAUCAAAUUUAGACUAAGUUGAACUAAUGUCCUGACACUUAUAAUUGAUCGGAGGGAAUAAUAAUUGUCUGUUGGCUUGCAAAUUUGUAGAAAACAAAUUCUCUCUAGUUGGAGACCUGGGGAAAUAAGAAGCUCCAUUUAUUUGAAUGACUGAACAAGAACAGGAAAAUUAUAUCUUCACUGGUUUCCUUCACAAGUUUGAAUCGGAUAGGCCCUUACAUAUGAUCAAAGAUCCAUUUUAAUGGAUAGAAGUGGAUCAUCCUAGGGGUAAUGCACACGGUCACACAUCAAUAAUGAAUCAGUUUGGCAAUGGAGAAGUUCCUUGGUAUCUUUCAUCAGAUAUUAAUGUAGUACCAGCAGUCUCUGAAGUCACAGUUCCUAAGUUUCCAGAGUAUAGGAAAUUCUACAUUGAAAAGGAUAUGUGUGGUAAUUCUAUCACCUCAUGCAAUACCUUUUGGGCUGCAAAUGGUGUCCUCCAGUCAACAUCCAACUUCACUUCAGAUCCUUGUAUUAACAAUGGAUUACCUACCGGGAAGCUGUCUCCUGAAUCACAUAUCACUGCAAUGCAUGGUUGUGAUACUUCACUGACAUCAGUACAUUCAUCACACAAGGGUAAUCCAGGUUAUUUAAGGAUGUUCUAUCCCAAAGUAUCUGAAGAGAUCAGCUGGGGUGAAAAACCACUCCCGGGAGUAUUUGAUUAUCCAGCGAGCAUUGAUGUUUCUGAUCAACAAAACAUUAUUGUUAGCCAACAAACCCAGGACAUCAAUACAGUGGAUCAUGAUACCCACCUUGCACAUCAAAACGAGUGGUUCUCAUCUGGGAGUUCUGGGCAAUUUUUUGAAAAUUCAGGAUCUGGUGGGUCUGUGCUUAUGGCAGUUGACGCAACAAGUACAACACCUUCAAAUCAUGCAUAUUUUCAUGAGCAGAACAAUAUAUCAAGUCCUUUCAACAUGGAUGAACUUUCCAGUGACAAAUCCCCUUCUUCAGACACUGCUCCAACCAAGUCAAGGAUGCGCUGGACACCUGAGCUCCAUGAGCGGUUUGUUGACGCUGUUAACAAGCUUGGUGGAAGUGGAAAAGCAACUCCAAAGGCUGUCCAGAAAGUUAUGAAGGUUGAAGGGUUAACUAUAUACCAUGUAAAAAGCCAUCUACAGAAGUACCGCACAGUUCGUCAUCAAUCUGAAUCAUCUGAUGCAGGUACUUCAACGGAGAGAAGCAGCCAUAUGGAUGAAGUUUGCUCUCAAAGCUCGAAAGCCAUGGAGGCUUGUGAAGGGCUAAGAAUUCAGAUUGGCUUGCAGAAGCAACUUCAUGAACAGCUUGAGGUCCAGAGAAAGCUGCAGCUGCAAGUAGAAGAACACAGCAAGUACCUGGAGAGGGUGAUCACGAAGCAAGGCGAGAGCCUAAAACUGCUUGGGGGACUGCCAAGGUUUCAACAUGCAAGCACACAGGCUGUGGAUCACAAAGAAACGUACAGAGAACAAACAGUGGGCGUGGAAGAGAGCCAUUUAGAAAAGAAAUGACUGCCUUUCAGUUGUGCACAAAUAGAAAAGACUUGAGACACGCCCCGACAGGCUGAAGAAAGCAAGAUUAAGAGUCAAUUAGAUUUGAGUCUGAUUAGUUACCUGCCCUUUUGGCUUGUUGAUUUUCCCUCCCAGGUGACCUUUUUCAGGCACUGUAUUGGUGUGAGCUGACUUGCGCAGAUUUUUUUGAAUGGGAAUACAGACUAUUUCUUUCUUCAUAACAAACUAAGAUCGUAUCUAAGUUUUUUUCUUUAAU